AUGCUUUGGAUGCUUGAGAUUUUGGAAUACUGGAAGAAAGUGAACAAAUUUGGAAUGAGGAGCCAUUGUUUACAAGGCGGAAAGGAACAUAAUGAUAUAAUUUGGAUGCUUGUUAACAGUGGUCAAGAAGACGAAGAAGAUAUCAUGGAAGAAAUCCCAAUAGGCUAUCCCAAAAUCCAUGACAUGGAAUGCAUGUCGCUAAAGCCAUUUGCUACUGCUAUUACUCCUGCGGGUGGUUUUUGA